AGAAAGAGACCCAAGAAAAACGGACGGAUCGAUGGGUCGUUUAACCACGGCUGUUUUUUUUUAACCCGGACGGUCGCUUGGGGUGCUACAAGGAGAGAAGAUUCGGGGGGAGCGAGCGAGCAAGGGAGAGUGAGAGAUCUGGGGUGUUGUGGUAAUCUGAGCCGUUGGCUCGACCGUAUGAUCUGAUCUGCGCCGUGGAUCGCGGUCGUCGUCGCGUCGCUGCCGGGGAGGCGGUCAGCGUUAUCCGGUCGCGCUUGGUCUGCUUCCUGACCAGAUCUGCGACUUUGGUUCGGUUCAUUUGAUUCAUCCAUCAUCUGAAAAGAUGGCUUCUCCAUUGUAGGAGAGGCACGCCAUCUCCACCUACAAUUCCAUCACUACUUGCUUUCAGCUUCUUCUUUUGUGAGGCCAAUGGUCACCAUCUGAUAGCAAUAUAGUUGAUACAUGAUCGAUCGUGAUCCACAUCUUCCUCUCUUCGUAACCACGUCGGCCUUGGUGUUAGGCGUGUGCUCAAGAGAGAAGAGAAGGAAGAAGAGGAGCCUCUGCUACCCCGACGGUGAUAACCUCUCAACACCCUCUUCCCUAUUUUAUGUCUCCUAACUUGGACAGCCCUGUCCAGACCCAGAUGGCAGUUGCAGUUUUCAACCGCACUCUCAGCAGUGAAUACCAUGGGAACAAAAAAAGUGAGGGAAGGCCUGCAAGGAGGAGACGUGUGUUUGUCCAAACUGACACUGGCUGUGUCGUGGGUAUUGAAUUGGACCGCGGAGACAACGCCCACACUGUAAAGAAGAGGUUGCAAGUGGCCCUUAAUGUGCCCAUUGAGGAGAGCUCACUUACAUUUGGUGAUCGAGUGUUGAAAAAUGAUCUUAUUGGUGUUCGGAAUGAUUCCCCAUUACUUCUCACUAGGAAUUUCCUUCACAGGAGUUCUUCCACCCCAUGUCUCUCCCCAACUGGAAAGGAACUCCAGCAGAGAGAUCGGAGUGGGCCAAUUGAAAUCUUAGGGUGCUCAAGCUACUGCUCGCGAACAAAACAGCUUGUCAAGGAUGUAGUGAAAGCUAUUAAAAGUGGUGUUGAACCCAUCCCUGUUCACAGUGGGCUUGGGGGUGCCUACUACUUCAGGAACAGCAGAGGUGAGAGCAUUGCUAUUGUGAAGCCUACAGAUGAGGAGCCAUUUGCACCGAAUAAUCCAAAAGGUUUCAUCGGGAAAGCCCUUGGCCAACCAGGCCUGAAAAGGUCCGUGCGGGUUGGUGAGACAGGGUUUAGGGAGGUUGCUGCAUACCUCCUGGACUAUGAUCAUUUUGCCAAUGUUCCCCCAACAAUCCUUGUAAAGAUAACCCACUCAGUCUUCCAUGUGAAUGAUGGGGUCAACUAUGCAAAUGGUAAGGCUCAUGACAGGUCUCAAGCUGUCAGCAAGAUUGCGUCAUUUCAGCAGUUUAUCCCUCAUGACUUCGAUGCUAGUGAUCACGGGACCUCUAGCUUUCCUGUUGCAGCUGUGCACAGGAUUGGUAUACUUGAUAUUAGAAUCUUCAACACAGAUAGACAUGCAGGGAACCUUCUGGUGAGGAAGCUUGUUGGUGGAACUGGUAGAUUUGGGGCUCAGACAGAACUCAUUCCAAUAGAUCAUGGCCUCUGCCUGCCAGAGAGCUUGGAGGAUCCUUAUUUUGAAUGGAUCCACUGGCCACAGGCAUCAAUACCUUUCUCUGAGGACGAGCUUGACUACAUUGCAAAUCUUGAUCCAGUUAGAGAUUCUGACAUGCUUCGGAUGGAGCUGCCUAUGAUCCGUGAAGCAUGUCUAAGGGUUUUGGUCCUUUCCACAAUUUUUCUCAAGGAAGCAGCGGCAUUUGGGCUUUGCCUGGCAGAGAUUGGUGAGAUGAUGAGCAGGGAGUUCAGGGGUAUGGAAGAAGAGCCUAGCGAGUUGGAGGUUGUAUGCAUUGAGGCAAGGAGGCUAGUAGCUGAAAGAGAGGCAUUUUCUCCAGAAGCUGAACCGGUUGGUGACGAUCUAAUCCAGUUUGACAUUGAUUGUGAAGAUGAACCAGUGAUGCCUAGAACACCACCAUCCUACAAUUUUGGGUUCAAGGGAGGGAGUUCCCGAAACCCGCUUUCAAAAUUAGAGGAGAGAUUGGAAGAGGAGGAAAACAAUUAUAGCAAUGAAAAGAGCAAUGUGGAAGAAGUUCCUUGCUUCCCGCCUGCUUGCAAUCAGUUUCCAAAUGUUUCAAAGCUGUCUACAUCAUUGAAGGGUGUGAGCCUUGCUGAAAAAACUCUGCAGUAUCUAGGUGGUGUUCCAAAAGGGAAUGAUACUACAGUUAGAACUAACAAUAGUGGCAGUGGACUUCAGAGUGGGAGCAGGAGUGCAAAGGAGCUGCCUGCAACCGCGAGCUUUGUGAAACUGGCAGACAUGGGAGAGGAAGAAUGGGGGUUGUUCCUUGAGAAGUUCAAGGAGCUGCUGCAUAGAGCAUUUCGUGGCCGGAAGUGUGGAGCUGCUGGCCAGAGGCAGUGGCAGAGGCUGGGUGCUUCUUGCCAGUUUUGAGUAGGAGAUUAGAUUUAGAGAAUAGAGAGGAUAGUUGUCUGUGGGUUGCAGUUGUUUGUUGUGCCCUUUCUAGGUGUAAAGAAUGGAGAAGGGGGUUUUGAGAAUAAGACCAUCAUGGUUAGGGGCUGGCAAGGGGGUGAUUUGUGGACGAGGAACGAGGUGGAGGUGGCCGUGCUUUUGUAUAUAUCUUUCUUGUCUUGGUUCACUAUCAGUUAUGUCUUAUUAGAAGUGGUUAUUAAAAAUAAACAAUUAGAAAAAGUUAUGUACAUCUGCUUUUGAGCAUUAUGGAUGGGUUAGUAUGUGUUCAUGAAAUGAUGCUAAUCCUUCAAGGUAUCAUGAUGCGGUUCAGAAUGUUUUGUGUCUUUCAAUAUUUCUUGGCUUGCCAGCUGCCUUGUUUCUAGGGAUGGCUGGCUCGGUUGUCCUUGUUUCCUGGCAGUUUCUUCAUGGAUGUAUUAUUAUGUGGUGUUUCUCCUAAACAAGAAGUCAAUUUGGAUGUCUUUUUGUGGAGGUUUUUCCA